CCUCAGCGGGAAGAGGUACGGGCGAGGGCGGCGGCCUAUUUCCACCCCCCCCCCCGCCUUCGGGGCGAGCGGCGCUGAGGCGAGCCUGACCGGAAGAGCGGUCGCUUUCCCGCGCGGCCUCCUCUCGACUGGGCCCGCCUGGAGGGGGGCCCGGCUGACUCGCCCCCCGCCGCCACCAUCAUGCGCCACAGCCUGGCCCAGCUCUUAGCGGCCUCGUCGGGCCGAGGAAGGUCCGGCGAGCCGGCCGCGGCCUGCUCGUUUCCUAGCGCGGGGGCCGAGCGGCGGCCGGAGGAGGAGGCGGAAGCGGCGGCGGCGGCCGAAGACUCCCUGGAAGAGCCGGACGAGGGCGAGCUGCUCUUCCCCGCGGGGCUGGAGCUGGACGCCUGGCUGGAGGCGGCGGUGGGAGGCGAGGCCUCUCCUCCGGCGUGGGAGGCGGGCGGCGGCAGGGCGAGCCCGCGCCCCCCGGCCGAGGCGGCGCGGCCUUCGAUCUCCAGGCCGGCGCGGCCCGGCAGCAACCGGCUGAAGGCGGCGGCGGCGGCGCGUCUGAACCGGCAGAAGAAGAAGCUGUACGUGCAGGGCCUGGAGGCGCGCCUGCAGGGCUUGGCCGCCGAGAACCGGCAGCUGCGCGACCGGAACCGCGGCCUCUGCCGCCGCCUGCGGGAUCUGGAGCGGGAGACCGGCUACUUGCGGGCCGUGCUGGCUAACCAGAGCGCCCUGGGCCGCCUGCUCAGCCGCCUGGCUGGGGACGGGGCCGGCAGCGUGGGGCUCAGGAUGAGGAUCAGCACCAGCCUCUUCCAGGAGGAGGCGGCGGCGGCGGCGGCGGCGGCGCCCUUCGGCGAGAGCGGCGGCGGUGACCACGACUACGCGCUCCCCGUCCCGGCGGAAGAAGCGACGGACAAGCGGCCCCGUUCGUCCGGCAGCCCCGGCGGCGUUUGCCUCCACGUGGACCGCGACCACGUUUCCGUGGAGUUUUGCUCUCUCUGCGCCAAGCGGGCGGCCAGCUCGGAGACUUUGGCGGCCGCCGCGGCGGCUCCUCCUGCUUCCUCCUUCGUCGCUAAAAUUUUCUCUUUUAGGUGCUUGCCCUGCCAGGCUCCGUUGUGUAGGGGUUAAAAGAACAGUCGUUUACCACCUCGCAACCUGUGGAUACAGCUGUCAUGGGGCAGAAGAGACGGGACCAGCUGCUGGCCACCCUUCCUGCUUUAUUUUAAAAGGUAGUAUGAGAAAAAGGGAGCAAGGUAACAGGGCAUUGGCUGUAUUUCACUUUGAAAGAACACCGAACAGGGUAAUAUUGGUAAUGUUAAUGUUUUGAGCAACUAAUCCAAUCUAUCAGGAAACUAAACAUGAUACUAAUGUGAAAAGUGGUACCGUUAAAAAAGGCAUUUGCUUUCUCACUGGUCAUUUCAUGUAUUCAUAUUCUCAUCUGAUUGGCUAAAUUCUUCCAACUUUUAUUCAUGGAUCAGAUGAUUAACUUGAAAAAAACCCUGAAGUUUCCAAGAUAGAAUUAGGGUUGCAUUGAAAAUGAUUUUACUUGUCUUUUAAUUGAUGUAGCUGUUUACCCUUCUUUUGUCACAUCUGCUAGGCAGGUGUACAUAUUCCCAUCUCUAAACCAGUAGGAGCCUUUGUACAAGAAAAAUGGCAAGUCUUAAUGCAGCUGCAGCAUUGCAGGGAACUAACUUCUUUGCCAGUUCAUUUCUUGAUAUCACCCCAUAUUUAGUAACAGUAUUUUUCAGAAGCCUUCUAAAUAAAUGGAAUAGUCCUUGCCAGAUGAUAAAUAUGAAAAUGUAGACAAGGAGUUUCUCAUUUUGGUUUCAAUCAUGCUUCAGUGUGUUUUGAUGGAAGCAAUUUAUUGUCCACAAUUCCUUUAUUAACUCUCUUAGGACUUGAUAGAAUUUAGUGAAGUCCCUUUUUUCUAUUGCUGAUAGCAUUUGGCCAAUGGAAGGAGAGAGUUGUGGCACAUACUUGACUGUGGUUGUAUUUCAAGAAGCAGAUGCAUUUUUAAAUUCCCUUUCACAGAGUCAUUUUGUUAAUGUUGCAUUAUUGUGAAAUUGAAACACUUCUUUUGUAUGAUUUAAAGGAUUUGUCAGAUAAAAAGUAUUCUGGAUACUUAACUUUGUGUGUCAUUAAAAAAUAGACUGUUGCCUUGAAUACCACUCUCAGCAUAGAAAGUGACAGACAUAUCUGCUUAUCUGAAAGCCCAGAAAUAAGACUUGCAGGGAUUUUAGUGCCUACUGAAACAUAUUCAAGCCAAAUAGAUUUGCAAAUAUUUUGUCCUUCUUGUUAACCAGUUGAUUGAAUAUUAUUGAACAUUAUUGAAAUUAAAGCCUUGAACUGAAUAUCCUAAUAGUACUUCAAAAAUAUGUGAACGUUUCUGUGUAAGUAAUUCAGGCGUACUUACAAGGACAUUUAUUCUAAUUAAAAAAUGUUUAUCUUUCA